AUGGAAGACGAGGAAAAACUUAGAAAAUUAACAUUAAAGCGUGAAACUACUAAAGGACAAUUAAAAGAGUUCCAAUCGUUUUUAAAUAGCUAUGAUAAAGAUACUGAUUUAUAUCAAUUGCCAAUACGAUUGCAAGGAUUAAAUUCAUUAUUCGAGCAUUUUGAUGCGUUGUGCGCAAAAAUAGAUUUAUUAAACGAAUCAUUAGCUAGCAAAAACGAAAGAUAUUCAAUUUUGAAUGAUUUUUACAAAAUUGUGAGCAUCGCUCAGAAACACGUAGCUGAAACUUAUUCUGGCCAUGCAGAUCCGCUUAAUUUAACAACAUUGCCAAACUCUGAUGCGUCAAGUGACGAUACACCGCGUACAAAUGCACCUAAGCAUAAAAUUAAAGUACCACAAGCUUCUAUUCCGACUUUCACGGGCCAGCUUGAACAAUGGCUUUCAUUUAAAAAUUUUUUUAUGUCAGUGAUCCACAAUCAGGACGAUUUAUCGGAAGUAGGAAAGUUACACUACUUGCGAACAGCUUUACGUGACGAAGCGUUAAAAAUAAUUCAAGUAUUUUCAAUUACUAAGGAUAACUAUACUCGGGCUUGGGAUGUGUUAGUUAAAGCUUACGAAAAUAAGCGUUUAUUGAUUUCUCGUCACUUAUCGCUCUUGUUACAUUUACCUAAUCAAGAAAAAGAAAGCUACCGUAGUGUCGAAAGAUUAGCAGACGAAGCACAGCAACACGUGCAGUCUCUGGCUAGUUUAAAUAAAUAA